AUGCUCGAUGUCAUUCUUUCGUCUUUCCUUGCAUAUGUUAUGACAUUCCCAGUUGAUUCAGCUUCUGCGUUGGAACUAGUGAGUUCGAAUGAAUCAUCCACUCAUAUGAUGAGCAAGUUGUGGUGUCCCACAUUCAUCGUGGGUACAAUUUGUCCUGAUCACACGCUUCUGUCCUACUAUAAGUGCUGUGGCCGUUUGCAUAAACACUGCUGUUCUCAUCUUCGCCUAUGGGUUUUAAUUCUAAUAAUUGGACUUCCUAUCCUUUUCCUGAUCCCACCCAUCAUCUACUUAUUACGUAGGAUUCUGUGCAAAAAAACCUACACAAAUAGAGAUGUGCCGGCCGGACCGAACCCAGCACCUUCUUCACUACAACCAGUUGUGGAACCCGAGUCUAAUAAAGAUACUUCGCUUUAA